UUUGUGAUGUCGUCCAGCAGCCGUUCAGCAGGUCAGCAAGCAGAGCACGCGGCUGCAGACGAAGCCGCCAACGAAGAAGAGCCGAUCGCCGUCGUCUUCCAAUGCUCAGAGUGCCGCUCCAUCCUGGGCGAUUCGUGUGCAUAUGUGACACCCGUCGACGAUCUCAACGCCAUCACGCUCGCUGCUGUAUCGCCUGCAGUGUUAAUAGCGAAAGAGCUGCAAACAUCAGUGUCGGGCGUAGAUACUGGCUGCGGGUAUUAUACAUUGACAUGUGCUGGAUGCAACGCGUCGAUUGGGCGCAUGUAUUGCUCCACUCCCCGGCAAUUUGACAUUAUUCGAGAUCACUAUACGUUCCAUAUCGACUGUUUAACAAGCUACACGAUCGGAAAGCCUUCCAAAACGCCUCAAGAAAGCAUGUUGUUGGGCAGCGCUUCAAUUUCGGACUAUAUUUCUCGGCUACGAGACAUUGUAACGACAAUUCACGAACGAGUAGAACGAUUGGAGGGCAUGGUGAGCACAGACCGCGCACCAGACCGAGGCCGGAAAGUUUGAGUGGAUGGGAAGUGAUGCAAUGAAAAGUUUGGUUUGGUUUGUUGUUGUUGUUCUUCUUCUCAAACAAAAAAAAAAAAGUCGAAAAACUCA